AGUUUGUCGCAAAUCAAUGGAUAUUAUCAGCAGGGAGCAACAAAGUGCACUAUAUUAUAUCGCGAUGUGCAUUGCACGUCAUAUGUUUACGCGCUCAUGCGACUACAUAAACAAAUUAUUGUGUUUACAACCCGCAGUAUCUUUCUAGUGACUGAACCGAAAGCACGUCCCGGCAAAAUGGAGUUGAAUUUCAUAACUACGCUUAUUAAACACGAUGUGAACCAUAAUGUGAAAGAGUGCUUCAAAACUAAAAAGACGUACCUUAGCAGAAAAGAAGAAGUGAAGGCAAUCAAAAGCAAGUUCCCCACAAAAGUACCUCUAAUAGUAGAAAGAUACGAAAAGGAAAGAAGUUUGCCUACGUUCGACAAAAAGAAGUUCUUAGUACCGGAAGAUAUUACAAUGUCACAGUUCCUAGUGGUUAUUAGAAAUAGGAUUAGGAUUAAGCCAAACCAAGCUCUCUAUUUAAUAAUAAAUAACAGAUCAAUGCUGAGUAUGAGUCUGACAAUGGCACAAGCAUACGACUUGUACGGAGACGAGGAUGGAUUUUUAUAUAUUACUUACGCAUCCCAGGAAGUUUUCGGCUAUCAAGAUGGUAUGAUGGCAAACAGUGAAGAAGUACAAGUGAUUAGAGAUAGAUUCCCAAAUAAAAUUCCGUUGUACGUGGAGAGAUACGCACGCGAGCGUGAGGUGCCAGCGCUAGGCAGGACCAAGUUUCUGGUGCCUCAGGAGCUCACCAUGUCCCAGUUCCUCUACAUCAUACGGACCAAGAUGAAACUGAGAGAUUCACAGGCCCUAUAUCUCCUGGUGAACGACAAGGUGGUGGUCAGCCACAGCAUGACGAUGGCGCAGGCGUACCAGCAGUACCGGCGGCCCGACGGCUUCCUCCACAUCACGUACGCCGCGCAGCAGGUCUUCGGCUGACUGAGGUUCUUUUUCAGGUACUUUAAAGGCUGCAAAUGGAUUAUAUCUGGUGUAUAUCAUCGACAAUAGUAAAGACUGAUAGUAUUUUAUUUUGUGAUAUAAUUGUAGUUAGUGGUCAUAAUGAAUUUACCUUUCGUAGUGUAGCAUUUAAUAAAUGCUAUAUUAUUGUUUAGUAAUUUCAUAGAUCUGCAUGCAAUUAUUCGAUGAUAUUUCUUAUUUUCUCGUAGUUUAAGAUUGUUUUAUAACUAUUGCGUGUAAACAAUUUUGGUAAUAGACACGUUAAAAUUUAAAUGAUCUCUAAAAUUAUGAAAAAAAUACUUAAUAUAUUAUAAUUAAUAUUAAUUUUAAGCUUGAGGAAUGAUUUAUUAGUGUAUUGAAUUUUUUAUAAGUGAUAUUUAGGGUUAAGCGCAGCGAGUAUUAAAAUCGCGGCUCAGUGUGAAACGACCCUUACAUGAAUCCCGUUAUGUGUAUUAAUUAGUAAUUUGAAUUUUGUAUCUAAAUAAAAACGAUAAUUGAUUU